AGUGCGUAACUUCGGUGUAUUCGCGCGAUUCGUCGAAUCAGAGUUUUGUGUUCCGUGGGAGGACAGCUUCGUUAUCUGGCCCUACGUUAUUUUCACAAAAAACGUCGCCAAUUGACGUAACGAAGGAAUUAAAAUUGAUUUAAGGACUCGGGAGGAAUCAAACGUAACUCCGCAAGCCACGAAGAUGUAAAGACUUGCUUGACAGUAGAAAGCCCAUUGUCUGGUUGCUCGACGAUUAAUUUGAAGUAGGGAUUUUAUGACUUACUACGAUUGUAAGAAAAUUCCAUUUUUGCCGAUGAGAAGGAAUUAAAAAAAAAAUGUUUUUCCUGGAUCGUUGACCCGAAAUUAGUUUCAAGAGUUAAACACUAAUUUUUAAAGCAUCAAUUCACACAAUACAAAAAAUUAGAAUCAACUACUUGUGAAUAAGAACUUCUCUUGCAACUUUGUUAUAAUGGCAACGGCGGAGGCAUUGGCAGAGGUGACGGAUGUAGCUCAAAUUUUGCGCCUAUGGGAAGAAAACCUCUCUCCGAUGCACGAUCCCAUUCCGACGCUUCAACGAUUAGCCGAGAUCAUCGAGCUCGAAACAGAAAACUAUCUGAAAAUGGAUCCCGAUCCGUUCGACGAGAGGCACCCCUCUCGGACGGACCCCGAAUGCAAUUUUGGUCACAUUCUUAAAGUACUAUUUAGAAAAGACAAUUUUAUGACAAAGUUAAUCAACGAUUACUUAAGAGACACAUACUGGUCGCGGGCAGGGGCCGUUGGUAUGGACGUGCGGAAAUUGAACAUUGCAGCCUGUCGCUUAAUGCUGGACAUUCUUCCUGGUCUGGAGACGUCGGCAGUAUUCCAGCCUGACAUGGAGGGUCUGAUACAUCGGCUCUUCUCCUGGGCAGAAAAGAGCGUGGAGCCUCUUCAGAGUUACGCCACCGGUCUCCUGGCUGCUGCGAUGGAGGUCCAGGACAUCGCCACCGGGUUCCGGGAACAGAAUGGAAAAAUGGUACCGCUGAUGCUACAAAGACUGCACAAGCUUCAGGAGAAGGCGCAGGAGGACCGACAAGCGAUGGCAAACGCCAGACCCUUCGCUCACCUGGGCCAGAACAGAAGCACAUCCGGCGAUUCCGAGACCAAGGGCACGCCAGGGAAGCGGAAAGUCCGGGAAAAGAGGCGCGAGAACGGCGUCCUGAAGAGUCCGACCCAUGCGAGCCUCUCCGAUGAGGAGGAACUCGAGAAUCCUGACGAAGCGCCGCCGAGCAAGAAACUGAAGAGCGAUUCCGAGAGCGACGCUACACCAGGAGUAACUCCUGUAAAGAAUAACGCGAACUCCUCCUACCCUGAGAUAAUGUCACCACCUCUGGCAGUGCCCAAAGUGCCCCCUUCGAAAAACCAGAACUCCAGGGUGACUCCGCCCAGGUCCAUCGCAGCAUCCACCCCUCUCAGGUCUUGUUUGUCCAGAACGUCCUCCCAGCAGAACGCGCCGUCGAACAACGUGGAGUGCAACUCCAAUUCCUCCUGGGCAGAGAUGGAGUCCUAUGUCAUAGGAAACGUUCAGAUCCAUCCGCCUACCCUAGCCACUCGGCAGAUGCUCAUACUCAGAUACUUAACCCCCAUGGGCGAGUACCAGGAGUUCCUUGGUCAUGUGUUCGAGCAGAACGCUCUGGAACUCAUCCUCAAGUAUAUUAACGUGCGCGAGACCAAGGACAGUCGACUCGCCUUCGAAGCACUCAAGUACCUCGCUUCUCUCCUGUGCCACAAAAAGUUCUCCAUCGAGUUCCUUAAUGUCCGAGGCUUGCAGAAGCUCCUUGAUGUAUCCAGACCCAGCGUUGCUGCCACUGGAGUCUCGAUAUGUCUGUAUUAUCUAGCUUAUUGCGAGGAUGCCAUGGAACGCGUUUGUCUUCUACCGAAACACAUUAUUUCUGACCUGGUCAGUUACGCGCUCUGGUUACUCGAGAGGAGUCACGACUCUGGAAGAUGCCAUGCUACCAUGUUCUUUGGAUUUUCGUUCCCCUUCAAGGUUAUCUUGGAGGAGUUCGAUGCUCAGGAUGGAUUGAGGAAACUGUUCAAUGUGAUAUCCACUUUACCGAUACUGAAUAUCGAGGAGGAGCCAGCUUUGAACGAUGACGAAGAGUGUGCCUCCAGGCAGAUCGUCAGGCACGUCGCUGUUGCACUUAAACGAUACAUGGAAGCGCAUUUAUAUAUAAAAGCCGAACAAUUGCAAAGAGCUGAAAAUGCUAGGACCGAAAGGGACAACUGGCAACCGUCUUUACCACCGUAUAAGGCUUGCAAAUUAAGUAGCGAGGAGGUGCAAGCAAAGGUUGAAAUUUUGCAAGAACUCAUAUCGGUGAGAGCGGUAUGGCCUCCGGUCGAAGAACUUCACAGGCUUGGCGGUAUAACCCUCUUGUUGCAAAUUAUUGCUUUCGCUAGAGAAUGGAAUUACAGCGGAAGGGUCCACACGACUUCGAGUGCGGAGACUGUAAGGUCUUGCCUAGACGUAAUCGCAAUUUGUUCCGUAGUACCCAAAGUAAUGUUACUACUCUGCGAGAAAGUUGACAUGCCAGAUAUGUCUAUGACAAUGGCAAUAAAUCUUUUACUAGCUGCUGCCGAAUGUGAGAUCAUUGCGGAUGCCGAUGUACAGAGAGCUGCGCUCAGAGCUGUAGUUAACUGUGUCUGUGCACCGAUGAACAGAGUUGGUGGAAAUGUGGCUCGAUACUCCCUAACUGGUUCGGCCAAAAAGAAGACGAACAUGCAUAACAGCGAGGAGCUCAUUCAAAAAGUCUGGGAAAGUGUUCGAUCGAACAAUGGAAUUAUGGUGCUGCUUCAGUUGAUGAUGGUAAAAACUCCCAUUACCGAUGCCGACAGCAUCCGAGCUUUGGCUUGUCGUGCACUUGCGGGAUUGGCUCGCAGCGAGAAAGUUAGGCAAAUCAUCAGUAAAUUGCCGAUGUUCACCGAUGGGCAGAUCCAGGCGCUCAUGAAGGACCCAAUUCUUCAGGAGAAACGUCAGGAACACGUGACGUUUCAAAAAUACGCCCUGGAAUUAAUGGAGCGCGUGUCGGGGAAAGCGAAGCCGACCGGCGCCGAGUACGAGAUCUCUCUCGUCAGCUUGCACAGGGCCAACGUAGUUGCGCAGACGAGAAUACAGUACAACGAGCAGCAACUGAACCACUUGAUUUAUCAACACUUGAUUUCGAAAGGGAUGAAUGACACUGCUACGACUUUUCAACGAGAAGCGAAUUUGGAAUCGCAUGCAGUCAUGAAACCAGUAACUUCUUGCCUGCCGUUCACGUAUAGAAGUCCGGCGCCAUCGGGAGUCAGUGUUAACUUCUCAAGAGUGGGGUUUUCUCCCGGGGCUCCGGCGAAUCUGUACAACACGAGCAGGUGUGCCCAGAGAGACGUGUGCAGUGUCACCGCAAGAGGAAACUCCACGCCGACCUCUGGAUCGUCUCGCUUCGUCUCACAUUCCGGAACGUGUUCCACAUCUUCGCCGUUGUCCAACAACUCCAUCCGGAUGAAGUUGUCGGAUUGCCUCGCCCAGAGUCCUGUGACGAACAGUACAUGGCAACCGAUUAAACUUCAGAUCAAUCAAAAGAAAUGCAGCCAACCUGACAGGCCACCUACGCAAACUCCGACGAAUAACCAAUCCUUGAUGCAACUUCAACAAACUACCAGCCGGUCGCUACAGAAACAGAUCUCCAGAGAUCCUGGGGGUGGAAUCGGUCCUGGUAUCGCUACCUCGGCUAAUGUGGCGACGAUCACCCUCGACUCCAUCAUCACGGAAUAUCUGACCAACCAGCACGCUCUCUGCAAGAAUCCCAUGGUGACGUGUCCACAGUUUAAUUUAUUCGAACCCCACAAGUGUCCAGACCCGUGUACAAAUAAUUCCGUUCCUACCAACAUCGCCGUCAGACUUGCGAGGAGAGCCCUGGGAAUGGACGGCAGAAGAUUGGACAGGAGAUACAUCUACAGUCGAUUUUGUCCGGUCAAGUCUUUCCGUCCAACCGACGUCGAAGGGCCAUUCACCUGUUGCACGUUCUCGCCUUGUCAACAAUACCUGAUGCUGGGGACGUACUCCGGGGAUGUGAAGCUGUUCAAUGCCCACACGGGCACGGAGGAAGCGACUUAUCAGUGCCACGAGUCUUACAUCUAUCACAUGGAGUGUAAUCAAAAGGGGAAUUUACUCCUUACGUCGACAGCCUGGAGGAGCCCGAUGUCUGCUCUCUGGAGUAUAGGGACGUUCUUCGACAUGAAGCUACCCUUGGAAAACGAGGACCACGUCGAGUUUGGGAAACUGCAGGACAAGAUUAUUGGAACGCAGGGAAAGAAUGCUACGAUAUACGACAUCGCGACUGGAAAAUUGCUGACCACUUUGACGCCGUCGAUCUCGAACCAGUACACGAAAAACCGAGCUACGUUCAGCAUGAACGACGAGCUGGUCCUCAGCGAUGGCAUCCUCUGGGACGUUAACUCAGGGAAGGAAAUCCACAAGUUCGAUAAACUCAAUCAAACGUUGAACGGCGUCUUUCAUCCGAAUGGCACCGAGGUCGUGUCCAACACCGAGGUCUGGGAUCUUAGAACGUUUCACCUCCUGAAGACCGUUCCUACUCUGGACCAGUUGGAGGUUAUAUUCUCCCCGGUCAAUAACAUCAUAUACGCCGUUUCUGUGGACCAGGAAACCGAGGACGACUCUCUCUACGUCACUUCCUUCCAAACUCUUGACGCCUUGGAUUACAACAGUAUAGCAACCUACGAUGUGAAGAAGGGCAUCUACGAUCUGGCUUGCAACAAGUUCGACACGCAGAUCGCCAUUGUGGAGAAUCAGGGCGAGUUCGACAGCAUCCAGGAAUCUUGUGUCAGAUUGUACGACGUUGGCAGAGUAAGGGACGACGAAGACGAGGGGGAAGAGGAUGACGACGAGGAAGACCUGGAUGCCAGCGACGACGAUGGCUCCAACUCUGCAUCCGACGAUAACAAUGCAGACGACGCAGAUACUCCUGACGCAGCUGGGGAAGAUAAUGGAGAAGACAACGAUCUGAACGAAGGCGACGACAAUGACGACGACGACGAUCGGGGCGACGGAGACGAGUCCACUGACGACAGUAUAGAAUACGAUCCGAACGUCGACAUGGACGAUCUCUCCGAUGACUUCUCCAUCUCGGACAUGGACGACCUCGAGAUCCUGUUUUCUUGAACUAUCGCCGCCUGUGAUCGCUGGAUGCGAGCACUCGUUCAUCGGUUCACUUCCAAGGAAGAACUUUCGCGUGUUGUUACUCCGAUUCCGUCGUCACUCGUCCGGGUUGAGCGUCAAUUUCUCAUCGUCCUUUGAUGUCCAUACCGACGCGUUAAUUUUUUUUCGAUCACUUAAUUUUUUUCUCGGAAACGUGUCCUCUUUCUUUUCCUUCCGUAAUCUAGUACGCUGAAUUAACCACUCUGUCGGUACCUGCUAAAUCAGACUCGGAGCAAUAAAUUGAAUUAAUAUCCGGUGAAGAUUCUUAAAAAAAACUAAAAGCAAAGACAUGUCGUCGGGAAAUUAGUUUUCGCCAUUUUGGAGUCGAACGGUUGAGGCGUGGAAAAAUAAUUGUUUCGAAGAAAUUAGCAUAUUUGAAUUAUACGAUCGACAUGCAUUUACGUUCCUAUAGAGAGUACGUUCUGUUUCUUUUCUUAACUUCAAUCAUUGUGCAAAAUUCAGUCUAACAAUCCUUGUUUGUUGAUUUUGAAAUCGCGAUAAUUGUGUACAUGUUUCCAAUGUGUAUUAAUGGAUCUGAAUCAAGCAGGUACCGUUGUAAAUUUUUUCAUCAUCGAAGAGUUGUGAUAGAAGAUGUUUCUUUUUCUGAGACUUUCGUAUGGAAGUAGAAGGAUCAGGAACGGCAUUGCAGGAAAUUUCAGAAUUUCAGUGAAAUGCUGAAACUGGGAGUCGUAAGGUGUAGUUAUUGUAUCGCUGAACAUCAAUUUGCUAAAUAUUAACAGUCGAUCGGUUCGAUACCUUUCCAUGAUUGGAGUUCAUGCAACAGGUGUCGAUUACUGCAGACCAUGCUUCUUGAUGGACAAUGAGCCACGGGAAAUGAAAAAUAUUAAGUACACUGCCCAUUGGAUGGGAAAUGAAAUACUGUGGAGGAGCAGUACGUUUGCUGGAACGUGUACAUGAAUUUAAAAUCGACUUUGCCAUUGUAUGUACUUUUAUUAGUGUGAAGUUCAACGGAGAACAUGGAACGCUAAAUAUUAUUGUGAGAUAAGUGGUUAGUGAUCGUGAUUAAAUGACUCUCAAAUAUGAUAUUUAAUAUUAAUGUAUAUGAAAUAAAAGUUGUAAAAAGUC